AGGUAAACAAUGAAGCACAACAAUGUUAUCCCGAGUGGGCACUUCCGGAAGCACUGGCAGAACUAUGUCAGAACCUGGUUCAAUCAGCCUGCCAGGAAGACCAGAAGAAGAAAUGCUCGUCAGGAGAAGGCUGUGAAGAAUUUUCCCCGACCAACCGCUGGACCACUUCGACCCAUUGUUCAUGGGCAGACAUUGAAGUACAACAUGAAAGUGAGGGCCGGUAGGGGCUUUUCUCUGGAGGAGUUGAAGGCUGCUGGUAUUCCCAAGAAACUGGCACCGACAAUUGGAAUAGCAGUCGACCAUCGCAGAAGGAACCGCUCUCUUGAAAGUCUACAAGCCAAUGUGCAGAGGCUGAAGACUUACAGGGCUAAAGUGGUCGUCUUCCCAAGACGUGCCCGCAAAUUCAAGGCUGGUGAUUCUACUCCGGAGGAGUUGGCAAAUGCCACCCAAGUCCAAGGACCAUACCUGCCCAUUGGACGUGAGAAACCAGGCGUUGAGCUUGUGAAGGUCACCGAGGACAUGAAAUCAUUCAAGGCAUACGACAAGCUACGUUUGGAGAGGACCAACGAACGACACGUUGGUGCUAGAUUGAAGAGGGCAGCAGAGGCCGAGAAGGAAGAGAAGAAGUAAGCCUGCUAGAACAACUGCUUAGGGGGGUCUUUCUAUUUUCCUAAUUUUGGUAUUUUUUUUGACCUUCUGGAUUUGACAUAUCUUCUGGACUUGGUUAAAUUUGGGAGAUUAAAGUUCUUGAGUUAAUGGAUUCUACUGUUAUUGUCGUUGGUUUUGUGUUAAUCUGUACCACAUUGUUGUUUAUUGUU